UUGGCCUGACUCCGUGCCGGAUGAGAGUGAGCAUUGAGACGCGUUGGGGGUGGACAGGCCUGGUGCAGCCUCCCACAGCUCAGUCUCUGCAGUCAGACCCCCCGGGGUGGGGAAAGUAUCUCUUGUGCAGUGGCUCCCGUGCUGCGGUUGCACAGGCUACUACUGCUCCUGCGCCCGAGUGCGGCUAGUGCUGCCCCCGCGCUCUGCGGACCUGGCGGGAGGGGCCCCACCUCCUCCUACCUCUCCCCCUGCACCUCCCUGCAUCCUCCGCCCCUCGCUCUGCGCCUGCUCCCAGGCUGCGGGCAGACAGCGCCACAACCGCCGCAGAGUCGCGGGUCUGGCCACAGUGCAGGAGGUACACACGCCCACACCUACCUCGCCCGGCCGCACCCCUGCCCAGGAUGUCGGCGCUCGAGUGGUAUGCCCACAAGUCCCUGGGCGACGGUAUCUUCUGGAUUCAGGAACGCUUCUACGAAUCGGGCAACCGCGCCAACAUCUGGCUGGUGCGCGGCUCGGAGCAGGACGUGGUGAUCGACACCGGCUUGGGGCUGCGCAGUCUUCCUGAAUACCUGUAUUCCUCUGGCCUCCUGCAGGACCGCGGGGCCAAGGACGAAGCAGAACGCCGGCCUCUGCUAGCGGUGGCCACACACGUGCACUUCGACCACUCCGGCGGCCUCUACCAGUUUGACCGGGUAGCUGUGCACCACGCUGAGGCCGAGGCUCUGGCUCGCGGGGACAACUUUGAAACGGUGACAUGGCUGUCCGACAGCGAAGUGGUGCGAGCGCCCAGCCCUGGCUGGAGGGCCAGGCAGUUCCGAGUGCAGGCGGUGCAGCCCACCCUCAUCCUGCAGGAUGGGGAUGUGAUCAACCUUGGUGACAGACAGCUCACUGUUAUGCACAUGCCUGGACACUCCAGAGGCAGUAUUUGCUUACAUGACAAAGACCGAAAGCUUCUCUUCAGUGGAGACGUCCUGUAUGAUGGAGCACUGAUUGACUGGCUCCCAUACAGCAGGAUAAGUGACUACGUUGGAACCUGUGAACGGCUGAUAGAAUUAGUGGACAGAGGUCUGGUAGAGAAGGUGCUUCCUGGGCACUUCAAUACCUUUGGAGCUGAAAGGCUUUUUCGAUUGGCUUCUAACUAUAUUUCAAAAGCCGGUGUAUGUCACAAAGUCUCCACUUUUGCCAUGCGAUCUCUUGCGAGUUUAGCUCUUCGUGUAACAAAUUCUAGGUCUUCACCCUAGUAUCUAUAUUGAUACUGUAUUAUAACUGAUUCUGUAUUAAUCCAGUUCAUUUGGUGUGGUUUAAAAUGAUUAAAAGUGAGCAUUUCAAGAAAUGCUUUUAUAUUACUACUGUAUCUUAGAGAAAAAACUAAGAAUGAGUAAGCCAAAAAAGGAAAUUUUUUGUUUAAAGUUUUUCUUUAUUUCAAAUAAGAAACCACUGAAAUAAGCUUAUGAUUUGCCAAACCUGUCACCUUUUAAUGUUUUCUCUAGAAAUUACAUAGUAAUACAUGGGGAAGGAAGGUGGUACUUUGCAGGAAGAGAAGGAACUGUCCUUGGCUCACAUUUGUCUUACUUUAUUUCCUAGAUGACCUAGAAAAAAAGGCAUGUAUGGAAAAAGAGUUUUAUGUUUGUACUCUGAAGUUGAUAUUUUCAGUGUAUUAUUUAAAGAUUAAAGGUUCUUGGGUUUAAAGUACAUUAGAACUCAAUACAAACAACCUACCAUUUUAAAGGACAGCUAAAACACUCCAUUUUUAUGGGCCUGAAUUUUUUAUGCCUCAUUUUAUUUUUUCUUAAUAUAAUUAUAGCAUACAUUACAUGUUGUGUAAUUUCACUUAUGAAAAGUAAAAUUUUUGUUUUAUUGCAAAGCUUUAAAUAUAAACUGCAGAAGCGCUUCAGUAAAACUACAGUAUAUUGUUGUUUGUUAUGCAGUGUAGUAUUUUCAGUCAUAAAAGUGAAAUUUAAAUGUUUGUAAUCUAACUAAAAAUUGUAAGAUUUCUCUAAAGGACACUGUCAGGCAAACUUGAAAAUAUACACAUUGAGAAUAAUUUUUUAUUGUAUCCUAUUUUAGUAUUAAUAGCUAUUAUGAACAAAAUUUUUCUUCUUAAAUCACAACUUAAGUAUGUGUCAUAUUUGAUAGUAUCAAAACAACUAUAGCGAUCUACAGUAUUUUGAUACAGACCUUUCGUUUACUUAACAUGACAUGCAUAUAUACCACAGAAGGCUUUUCAGAUUAAUUACAAAAUGUGCGUUAGAUAUUGACAGAGUGAAUUGCCUUUUUUAUCCUGAUCCACAACACCUAUUCCUGUUCAGUAUUCUUUGUCUGGAAUGAAAAGAAGCCUACAUUUGUAAAGUCAUAGGAAAGGUUAUAGCACUAUUUAGUAAAAUGUUUUGGUUUGGUCCUCUUAAGAACAAUUUAUUAAAAGUCUUUUGAAAUAUUUCAUAAAGAUUUUUUAAACUUUUUUUUUAAUCGCUGCCUUUUUAUUACUGACAUGCCUAAGACCAUAUUGAUACAGUUUUGGAGAUCAGUUUUUCUAAUAUUAAGAGAGUCCAGUAAUUUUGAUUUCUGAAAAAUUAUGAAAUUUUUUCUACCCUACAGCUGUCCAGGUUCUUUAGUUUUAUAUUCAUUUAGCAUGCACACACACACACACACACCACAUACACAUGUAUACACACAUAGUCAUACACAUAUAUGCGCAGCACUGUGCUAAAAACUGUGGAAGGUUAACAAGUGAAAUAGACUACAUUUCAGCUGGAGGUUGAAGGCAAACAUAAAACACGAAUAAUAAUAAUAUAUAGAAGGUGAAGUUAAUAUGAAGUAUAUGCGAGUGUAAGGGAUAUAAAUGGAGGAGUAUGAAGUUUGGGAGGAAGAGGUUCCCAGAGGAAGGGUUUUUUGGAAGGUUGUUAAGUGGUCAGGGUAGGAAACAAAAAUUGCCGAGAACAGGGAUGUAAGCAUUGCUCUCUAGAGUAGCCUGUUCCUGUGACAAUUUAAUUUCCAGGAACCCCAUAUCUUCCAAGCAUCAUGUAUUUAGCAUGAAAGAGACAGGGUUGUGAUUGUGCAUAUUAGUCAUCCUUAAUGAGAAAUGAGCUUACUGUCACAUACCACCAAAUAAACCUUGACUUGGAAUCGGAAAGGAGGCCACGAUUUGCUCAAAUGUAGAAUAUCGUGGAAGUUUCUCUAGAAUGGUCAUUCAAGGCAGUAGAUCUCUUUCAACUGAUGUGCAACAUCAAGAAUACAGUUUUGGUUCAGGGCAACUACAAACAAUCGCUUAAUGAGCCUUAAAUAUAGCCAUUAUUUUUAUAUCAGUAGCACAAAAGAAAACCAAAAGUCCUUAAUCAUUGACCAUUUUAUCAUAUUUUGGGACUUUUUUUUUUUUAAUCAGGGUAUAGUAGGCGCUGAGUUUUAUUAGGAAAUAUUUAAGCCUACUGAAGAUUUCUUUAUUUACUAAAAGUGCAAUUUUUCAGAACACAUUGAUUUUAUGUUUUAAUUUCCUGAUUUUUUUCACCUUUUCAAAUAGUACCAUAACAUGAGACUGUGAUAUUUUGCUAUGCUUCAGUAUGAAUUAAUUGGGGAAAGAAUCUAUCAUUCGUUGAGUGCACAUGCUAGGCGUUUUAAAUAUGCAUUGUUUAAUCCUGGCCCCAGUGCAGAGAGAUAAUUGACCAAGCUGACACAAUGCAACUUUGGACACAAAGCUGGUAUUUGAACACAUAUCUGUCUGCCUCCCAGCAUAAAAUUGGCAAAGUGUAUUUUUACUUUCCAACGUGCCACAUGUGCCAAGAAUAAAUCACAUGUUAAAACAUAUAAUAAUAGCAUAUUUUUAAAAAUAUGUUUUCACCCUGACAGUGAUCCUUGUUACAAUAUAUGAUUUGGGGGAAUAUUAAUAAAAAGUAUAAUUUAAAGUUGUCAAAAUAUAAGACAUUUAGAAAUAAUUAUUUGUCUUGUUAAUACUAAAUCUUUGGAAAGUCUGAAACAAAAACUUUGUGUGUUAUCCUGAUAAAGUUGAAUAAAUGUUUAUGUAUAUUUGUUCUUAUGUGGAUAGUAAUAUGAAUGAAACAUGCACAAAUUGUCCUCCUAUAAUUUUCUGGUAAGUGUAAGUAAACAUCUGUGUGGUAAAUAUUAAAGUGGACAUUUUGAGUCUAUAACUGGUAUUUUUCUUUAAUAAAGUUAGCAAAUGUCAGUUAAAUUUCUUACAAUAGCAUUUGCUGUAUGAAGUGCAGUUUUGAAAAGCUUGUGAUAAAUAAGAUGUCAAAUCAACGGGAAAGAAUAGAGGCUCUUGAAACAGAAAAAUACCCAUAUAAGCCUUUAGUAUUUAAUAAACAUGGCAUUUCAAACCAACAGGUAAAAGAUGAACUAUGCGAUAAAUGUUCCAAUUGUUAACGUGAGGAGAAAAAGGUCCCUGCCAUCGUAAAAAUAAAUUCCAAAUGGAUUCAAUACCUAAAUUUGAAAAACAAAACCACACAUGUAUUAGAAGAAAAUUUAAAUGAUCAUUUUUAAGACCUUAAGAUAGGAAGAUCUGCUUUAUAAAGAAACAAAAAGCAAAAUUAUAUCAAAAUUUAAAAUGUCUGUACAACUAGAUGCCAUAAAAAAAUUUAUAAAACAGAGGUUAGAAAGAAAAUAUUCACAACGUGUGUAACGGGAAAAAAAUGUAGCAAAUAUAAAGAACAUCUAUAAUGGGUUAUAAGUCAUUUAGAAAAAGGUAAGCUUCCUAUUAGACAAGUGGGUAAAUUAUAUGAACAUGUUCAUAGAAGAGGAAACACAAACAGCCAGUAAACAUGUAAAAUAAGGCCGAACCUCACUAGUAGUUAGGGAAAUACAAAUUAAAAUAAUGACAGAGUUUACACUAACCUGAUUAGGAAAUUUUGAGACUAUGGAUUUUGGCAAGGGUAAGUAGAAAUGGGUAUUUUCAUGCUAAGCCUGUGGAGUGGUCCAGCCAUUUUAGGGGGCACUUUUGAAGUGUGAUUUGGUACAUUCUGACUUUGGGUUAAUAAUAACUGGUUGAGCACAUCUCUGUUCCUUUCUGAAACUUAGUAAAGUGAAAGA